AUGAGUGGCAAUAAUUUCAAUCAAACUGGUAGUAAACCCCCUGUCAAUAAUUACAAUUUUGAAAACGUUAGAGCAUAAUAACCUGCACCAGGUGGACCAUAACCUUCUCGAGGCAAACCUCUAGGCACAGCUGCCAGACAACCUCAAGCUGAAGCAAGACCUAUGACUUCCAAUAGAGGAGCCAAUUUUGGGUAGAAGAAGGACCCUUUCAAUUCUACUCAAAAUCAAAUUAAUUUGAAUAAACCCAAACUUGAAACUAAUCCUGAAGAAUAGUUCAAAGCAAUCGAAAAAGAAAUCAAUACCUUGAUUGAAUAGAGUGCCAUGGCUAAAUUGAGAGGCAAUCUCUCUGAAUGUCUGGAGAAGGCUAAAGAAGCAUUCAACAAAGAAAAGAAACUAAGACAAUCUAAAGAAGCCUAAAAUUUAGUUGAAUCAAUCAACCCUGACCUAAGUUAUUGUGCAGCCUUAACUUAAGCAUGUGCAUUACAUGCGAAUGGACUCCAUCAAGAUGCUUUAGCAAAAUAUCAAGAAAUCAUCAAAUGUAAAUAGUAUCCACAAGCAGGACGAUUAAGAGUCAAUAUGGGAAACAUUUAUUUUGAAUAGAAAAAAUAUUCUACUGCCAUCAAAAUGUACAAAAUGGCUUUGGAUUUGAUCCCUGCCACCUCCAAGGAAAUGAGAUUCAAAAUACAAAAAAACAUUGGUCAUGCUCAAGUAAGGAUGGGCAAAGAUAAAAUCAAAGAGGCAAUGACCACUUAUGAAUAAAUACUCAAGAAUUCACCUGAUUUCCCAACUGGGUUCAAUCUUCUGAUUUGUUUGACUACUUUGUUACUCUCCUAACCAUCGAAAUACCAGGAGAGGGUGAAGAAGAGAAUAAUGAAAAACAAGGGAACUACUAUUACAGAUAAAUUGAGAGAAGAUACUAAAAAAAGAAGAAAAAAAGCCAUUUAUUAUAUUGCCACUUCAGCAAAACUGAUUGCUCCAUUGAUUGAAGAUGACAUUAUUAUAGGAUAUGAAUGGAUCUUAGAAUAACUCAAGAAUUCUACAUUCCCUGAAGCUGAAACUGAAAUCGAAAUAUGCAAGGCUAUGGCCUAUUUAAAAAAAAAGAAUAUUGAGAAAUCUAUAGAAACACUCAAGGGAUUCGAAAAAAAGGACAAGCAAAUCAUGGCUCGUAUUGCUACAAACAUCUCCUUCUUGUAUUUCUUAGAAAAUGAUUAUAAACAAGCUGAAAAAUAUGCUGAAAUUGCCAUUACAUAUGAUCGAUAUAAUGCUAAGGCCUUAGUUAACAGAGGAAAUUGUUUAUAUGUGAAAAAUGAAUUCUUGAGAGCCAAAGAAUAAUAUCUAGAAGCUAUAGGUGUUGAAGCAGAUUGUAUAGAAGCACUCUACAAUUUGGCCUAUGUAAAUAGAAAAUUGAAUAUGUUUAUCGAAUCCUUGUAGGCAUUAGAUAAAUUAUAAACUAUUGUCUGUAUCCCUGAGGUUUUGUAUUAAAUGGCCACACUCUAUGAAAUGACAGGAAACUCAAAAUAAGCAAUGAAAUGGUAUCUAGAAUUGUUGAACAAAGUACCAAAUGAUCCAAAUAUUCUAGCCAGAUUAGGUUCACUAUUUGCAAGGGAAGAUGAUGAACCUCAAGCAUUACAUUAUUUUUAAGAAUCAUAUAGAAUAUUACCGACAAACAUAGAUACAAUAUCAUGGUUGGGAGUGUAUUAUGUGAAAUAGGAAAUGUAUGAAAAGGCAAGCUUAUAUUUUGAGAGAGCAGCACAAGUGUAAACAAGAGAUGUGAAAUGGAAAUUAAUGGUUGCUAGUUGUUAUAGAAGAAUGGGACAUUUCCAAAAGGCAUUAGGAAACUAUUAGAAAAUCUAUUCUGAUUACCCCGAUAACAUUGAAUGUCUCCGAUUCUUGGUGCAAUUGUGUAGAGAAAUGGGAUUGCCUUAUGAUGAAUAUGCAGGGUAAUUAAGAAAAUUGGAAAGAGAAAUGGAGAUGAUGGAAGGGUAUUAGGGUGGUCAAGACAUAAAUUUAAUAAAUAAUGAAGAAGAAUAGGUUCGAUUACCUUAAGGUGAUGAUAAUCCAGUUAGUUUCACAAAUAACACAAGGAGAGGGAAUAAGCAACCACCUCCUAAGACAAAUGUAAGAUAAAACUUAGAUGACGAACAAUUCUAAGAUGGGGUAGAAGACAACUUUUUACCUUGA